AUGGAUUGGAAAGUUAUACGUACCCUCAUGCAAAAUCAAAAGGACAUGGAGUGUGAUUUAUUAGCAAUAUCCACAGCCUCACCAGGAUAUGCAAAAAAUUUUCAAUCAAUAGCUACACAAUAUCCAGCAUGUAAAAAAUGUAGUAAUCAUAAACCACCAAGAACUCAUCAUUGUCGUUGGUGUGAUACUUGUGUGUUACGUUUUGAUCAUCAUUGUCCUUGGUUAGAUAAUUGCGUUGGAUGGGGAAACCAUCGCUAUUUUUUCCAAUUUUGUUGCUAUAUGUCCAUUGGCUGUAUAUACAGUGGUAUAUUCGGUUUUCGAGAGUACCAAAUUGGUCUUAUUGGUGAAAAACGUUUUUCUCAACACAAUUGUAUAUUUCAAGCAUUUGAGAUUUUAGAUACGUUAGGAACUGUUGGUUUUAUUAUAUUUUAUAUAUUUAUAGCAGGAUUAACUAUUGGUAUAAUAUUGAUUUUUUUAAUAUUAUGGCAUGCGAGAAUGAUUACGCAUGGUGAGACAUCAUUAGAACGAAUAUUAAAUAUUCAAUAUCGUCAACAGUGUCGUGAACAAGGAUAUCUAUUUGUUAAUCCAUAUGAUUUUGGAUGUUUAGAAAAUUGGAAAUUAUUUUUUGGUACACAAACAUUAAAAGAAUUUUGUACUAAAGUUUUAUUACCAUCUACACAUAAACCAAAUGGAAAUGGUGUAACAUGGGAUGGAUUCAAUGUUAAUUUAAAUGCACUAGAACAACAACACAAGUUCACAACAAAUAACAGCAGGAAUAAAAUUCAUCCAUCAAGGGUCUUCUAUUCAUCCUCACCAAUGCCAAAUAUUCCGUUUGGUUAUUCUCGAGCCCGAACACCAAUUGUGCCACCGUGGGAAGUAACAAAUUCACGUCCAUCGUCACCGUUAACAUUUGUUGGAAACCAACAUCCUGUUCAACCACAUAAUGAAUCUAAUAAAACCUUGUAA